GUAGCAAGGCAAAGCUGUUUUGAUUCUGACUGUAAACUCUUCAUGCUUCAUUUAAAAGAUAUUUUGUAUUUUGCAGUUAUUUCACGUUUGCAGACAUGUACCGCAGCCUCGUGAGGCAUGUUUAUAACAAAACCAGAAACUGUAAACCAGUUCAUGUGCACACAUCAAAAGACAGACAGCACAGUGUUGCUGGAUGGCAGUGUUGCAGCUGCUUCAUGAGUACAUCAGUGAAGGGGAGAAAAAGUCUCCCUAGUGCCUUUCCAGUGCUAAACCUGCCCCUACAACCCAUCCAUCAACACGUGUACGAGGCCAAUCUCCGAAACAGUACGGCUUGCCACAAAAAGUAUGUAGAAUACAGUGAGAAAGUGAAGAAAGGUGGAGGGGCCAAUGCUAUCGCCAGACACACGCAGAGAAACAAGAAGCUGCUGGUGAGAGAACGCCUUCGCCUCCUGUUGGAUAAUGAGGACUUCCUGGAGCUAUCGCCUUUUGCUGGACUGGGUUUGCCCUAUGGAGACAUCCCCUCUGCUGGCUGCUUGACUGGUAUAGGUCGGAUCAAUGGCUUGUGGUGCGUGUUAAUCGCCAAUGACGCCACAGUAAAGGGUGGCACCGCCUAUCCCAUCACGGUCAAGAAACAGCUGCGGGCUCAGGAAGUAGCCAUUCAGAAUCGCUUGCCUUGUGUCUAUCUGGUCGACUCAGGAGGAGCCUUUUUGCCUUUGCAGUCUGAGAUAUUUCCUGACAAGAACCAGGGGGGACGAACAUUCUACAACGAAGCCAUUAUGUCUGCAGUAAAAAUCCCACAGGUUUCAGUGGUCUGUGGUUCAUGCACAGCGGGGGGAGCCUACAUCCCAACAAUGGCUGAGGAGGCUGUGAUGGUGCACAGGAUCGGGACUAUAUUUUUAGGAGGACCGCCUCUUGUUAAAGCAGCAACAGGGGAAGAAGUCUCACCUGAAGAUCUGGGCGGUGCUCGGCUACAUGCAGAGGUUAGUGGCUGUGUUGACUAUUUUGCCUGGGAAGAAAAGGAAGCAUAUGAAUACACCAGAAACAUUAUAUCCACCCUGAAUUUCUUGCUGCCAGAGGAACAAGAGAGUGAUGAGAUCAGAAAGAGAAAAACGGAGGAGGAGCCGUUAUUUAGUUCACAGGAGCUUCAAGGACUCGCUCCCCUCAGUUAUAAUUACACUCUGGACGUUAAACUGGUGUUGAGUCGACUCACAGAUGGGAGCCGCUUUCAAGAGUUUAAAGCACGUUUUGGAACGACACUUGUUACAGGAUUUGGAAAGAUUCAUGGUCACUUGGUGGGGAUAGUUGCUAACAACGGCGAGCUCUCGUAUGAAGCCGCUCUCAAAGGAUGUCAUUUUGUUCAGUUGUGUGACCAGAGAGACGUCCCUCUUCUUUUCCUGCAGAACACAGUGCCUGCGCCUGCUUCAGUCUUUUCUACACAACAAGCCGAGCUGAGCAGUAACCGUCUAAAGGCUCAGGGCUCCAUGAUGUCGGCUGUGGCCUGUGCCUCUGUUCCCAAAAUCACAGUGGUGAUCGGUGGAUGUCAUGGCACCGACAGUUAUGCUAUGUGUGGUCGGGCCUUUGACCCUAACUUCCUGUUCCUGUGGCCAAAUGCCAAAGUGUCCAUCGCAGCUCCAAAUCAUUCUGAGUGCUUAUUUUCACCUGAUGAAGACAAAGACACUAAAGAAAACUUUGAAACGAUACUAAAAGAAGAGAGCUCUGCUUUUUUCUCCUCUGGGAGACUGUGGGACGAUGGAGUUAUUCUACCUCAAGACACCAGACAGGUGGUGAGAGACUGUUUGGAUAUUAUUAAACAGCAACAAUAUCAACUAUCGACCACAAAAACUAACUCACCAGUUCUACGAAUAUAACCUGGUGCCUUACCCUCCAUAGUGUCUGAAUUAACCAGUGUUUUCUACUGAAAAUGUGAAAACAUAAUUUUGUAUAAUAUAAAAACUUUAAGAUGGCCACAUUUUUCUAAUGCAAAUUUGAAAUAGGAUUAUGAAAUUCAAUGGAAUAUUUUAGUGCCUUCGUGAUUAACUGUAAAUCAUUAAAUGUAUACGU